UGCACCCCGGACCGCGCUGAGUUGUGUCUCUGUGUGAAGUCAGAGGGGACGGACCGAACCUACAAACCCUUCUCACCCUCUGGUUGUUUGUCCGGGACCACUUUCAAAACAAGCAGUGACAUGGAGGUCAGCACUGAGGCCAAGAGGAUCAUGGUCGUGGCUUUGGGGAAACUGUACAGCUCCCGCACCCAGCGAGGGGGUCUCCGUCUCCACCGGAGCCUCCUGCUGACUCUGGUGAUGAAAUCCGCCCGGGACAUGUACCAUGCGGCCCAGACGACGGCAGAGACCGAAACAACAGCAUGGGAACCGCAAAACUCCGCUGUCGAGACCACCACGGAGCCCGCCACCGGAGAGCCCGGGACUUUACCCCGAGAGGAGGCCGCGUGCUCCCCGUCAGAGCCGCUCAGCGGCGCAGAGAACAAGGAGAACCGGUGCCCGGGCAGCCCGCCUCAGCACUCGAGGAAAAGACGGGGCAAAGCGGCCGUGGAGCCGGACUUUCUGCCCUGCAAGAAGGCAAAACUUGAGCAGGCGAAUUCCCCUCAACAGCUCAUAGUGAGCGCCGUGCUGAUGGACUAUGUGAACUGCAGCAGUGAACUGGGAGCCCCUCCAGCCUCCAUGCCUCUACACAGAGCCAUUGCAGCGUGUUGAAACCCAGCGCUGGAUAAAGGGCGAUAAACUUUUUCGACACGGCCUGGGAGCCUGAACGCACCUCCAAACUGCCCCAAUCGAAGGGGGAUCUGGGAGUUAGACCCGGGACUGUGCUGUCCACAGGCCCCAAACACGACUCCGAACAAGCCUGGGCAUGUUUGAGGAGUGCGUCGUAGCCCCGGUGACUUUUGGCCUACAUGUUGGCUUCAGCUCAGGGACUGACUUCAGCCGGCCAGAGGCGGAACCUGAAGGGGUCGCUUCAUCUGGAUGAGCUGCUCUCGAGAACAUUUUACACACUGUUGUUUGUUUGAGAAGAUACGACUCAGCAGAUUGUGACAUUGUAUGUUUGUGUGAGACUGGGAGAUGAGAAAUGUUGUGAUGCAUUCAAGUGUAAAACAUCCAACGAAUACAACUACCUCAGUAUUUAUUAAACACUUUUUGUACUUUA